UCUCGUUUGCAACAUCAGCAUGUUGUCCGCUACUAUCAGGCCUGGUUUGAAACAGGAAUUGCUGGUUCUCAUGGUGAAACAGGCUGGGGUUCAGGGACUGCAGCUAGCUACAGCAGCUUGAUGGGUGCUGGCUUAUCCGAUGCUCCUGGACAAGAUCAUAAGCUUGAGUCAACAUAUUUGUAUAUUCAAAUGGAAUUCUGUCCUAGGACUCUCCGCCAAGUUUUUGAAUCAUAUGAUUCAAAAAGUCAUUUUGACAAGGAAUUGACUUGGCAUGUGUUUCGCCAAAUAGUAGAAGGCUUGGCACACAUACACGGACAAGGCAUCAUCCAUAGGGACUUGACACCAAGCAAUAUCUUCUUUGAUGCUCGCAAUGAGAUUAAAAUAGGAGAUUUUGGUCUUGCAAAGUUCUUGAAGUUGGAGCAGGUUGAUCAAGAAGCAGCCUUUCCCACAGAUCUAAAUGGAGUUUCAAUUGAUGGUACUGGUCAAGUUGGUACCUAUUUUUACACUGCGCCUGAGAUUGAGCAAGGAUGGCCAAAGAUUGAUGAAAAGGUUGACAUGUAUAGCUUAGGAGUUGUAUUCUUUGAGCUUUGGCGCCCUUUUGGAACAGCAAUGGAAAGACACAUUGUUUUAUCUGAUUUAAAGCAAAAAGGUGAACUUCCUCCUUUGUGGGUUGCUGAAUUUCCAGAGCAGGCAUCCUUGUUGCGGCGCUUAAUGUCUCCAAGUCCAUCUGAUCGCCCUUCUGCCACAGAACUUCUACAGCAUGCAUUUCCUCCUAGAAUGGAAUCUGAGUUAUUGGACAACAUUCUGCGAACAAUGCAAACUUCUGAGGACUCAAGCAUUUAUGAUAAAGUUGUAAAUGCUAUCUUUGAUGACAAAAUGUUGGAAAUGAAAAACCAUAAUCAAUUUACUAGUAGAUUGAGGACCAGUACAGAGGACACUUCCAGUAUCCAGUACACAGUUUUUGACACUGAGCAUCGUGAUUAUGUUAUUGAAAUCACAAGGGAAGUUUUCAGACAGCAUUGUGCUAAGCAUCUAGAAAUAAUUCCCAUGCUUUUGUUAGGUGAUUCUCCACAGUUCAGUAGGAACACUGUCAAACUUCUGACUCAUGGAGGAGAUAUGCUCGACCUUAUUCAUGAACUUCGUCUGCCUUUUGUUAGUUGGGCUGUCGGCAGCCAGAAAUCCUCUUUCAAACGGUAUGAAAUAUCAUCUGUUUACAGGAGAGCGGUUGGUCAUUCCCCACCAAAUUGCUAUCUUCAGGGUGAUUUUGAUAUUAUCGGAGGUGGGACUGCUUUGACAGAGGCAGAGGUUCUUAAGGUUACGGUGGAUGUUGUAACUCAUUUUUUCCAUCCAGAAUCAUGUGAUAUACAUCUAAACCAUGGGGAUUUGCUAGACGCAAUAUGGUGUUGGGCAGGAAUAAAGGCUGAGCAUAGACAGAAAGUAGCAGAGCUUCUUUCUUUGAUGGGAUCCUUGCGCCCUCAGUCAUCUGAGUGGAAGUUGAAGUGGGUGGUAAUCAGGCGUCAACUUUUGCAGGAACUGAAUUUAGCUGAAGCUGUUGUAAAUAGGCUGCAGACUGUUGGUUUAAGGUUUUGUGGAGCUGCAGACCAAGCCCUUCCUCGGUUAAAGGGGGCUUUGCCAGCUGAUAAACAUGUACGCAAGGCACUUGAAGAGUUAUCAGAUCUGUUCAGCUACUUGAGAGUAUGGGGAAUAGAAACACAUGUUUAUAUAGAUGCGCUAAUGCCACCCACUGAAAAUUAUCACAGAGGUUUGUUUUUUCAGCUAUUUUUAACAAAGGAUAACAAUCCUGGACAACUUGUAGAAGACGUAUUGCUUGCUGUUGGUGGCCGAUAUGAUUACUUACUCCAUCAAAUGUGGGGGCGUGAAUAUAAACCAAAUCUUCCAGGUGCUGUUGGUGUUAGUCUUGCACUGGAGACAAUAAUUCAGCAUUGUCCUUUAGACUUCAAACCUAUUAGAAAUGACUCUGGCACCAGUGUACUUGUUUGUUCAAGAGGAGGAGGUGGCUUAUUGAUUGAGCGCAUGGAACUAGUCGAUGUAUUAUGGAAGGGGAAUAUAAAGGCUGACUUUGUACCUGCACCCGAUCCAAGCCUUACAGAGCAAUAUGAAUAUGCAAAUGAACAUGAUAUCAAAUGUCUUGUCAUCAUCACAGAAAUGGGCGUGUCCCAAACAGGUUUUGUCAAGGUUCGUCAUCUGGAACUUAAAAAGGAAAAAGAAGUAAAGAGAGAGGAUCUUGUCAGCUUUCUGUUGGAUGCAAUGGCAACACAGUUCAGAAAUCCUUCCCUGUGGAGUUAGGUCAAUCAUGUUAUUAUCCAGAUUAGGGAUCUUCAUCGGUCCUUUCUCCAGUCAUAUAUACUCUGUGGAGGAUUGAGGAAGAACCAAAAUAUUAUUUGCUAAUUCUGCUGUGUUUUCCGCGGAAGCCAAAACGAGUGAAUAAGCACAGGCUAUGAUCUUUCUGGAAAGUCAAGAUGAUGAAUUUUACAUGUAUAUAAAAAUUUUGGGGAAAAACAUCCAUAUAUGUAAAUAUAUCAAUACUUAGUGAGCUUGAAUUCAUUAUCUGCCAAUAUAGAUUCCCCAUUGGAUGUAAAGCAGAGUCCUACAUUUACAUCUUUUUUUUUUUUAAGUGUUCUAUUAAGAAAAACUCUCAGAUUUCUUUGUAGUAAUGUUUAAUUAUAGAAGCAAUAAAGUCAUAGUAACUUUUUUAA